ACAAGAGUUUUCCCAAAUUUUUAUUUCGCAGUUGAAAAGAAAGUCGUAAUCACUAAUUUUUUGGCGCUUAGAUAUCGCCCAAAGCUUAACAAUUUCGCUGUUUUUUCGUUUCAAGCUGAUAGAACGCAAGAAAAGGAAGCCCUUCUUUUAAACAAUUCAUUAAUUUUUAGUGCAUCGUAAAGAAAAUCGAGCGAAAUAGCUCCCUACAUAAUCUCGCCCAUCACAAGCCAAGAAUAGCAAGGCAAGCAAGCUUUCUUGUCAACGGAUUUUGGCGGACUUUUUAGCCAAAUAAACAUCAUCGUUAGGAUCUACGAAACACUCGUUUAACUCUACUCAAAGGUUUGAUUAUUUCGAGUAAAAGCGACCAAUAAUCAUGUUUUCAAGUCUUACUAGUUAUUUUUGGGGGGAGCAAGAUGACCAAGUUGUUCACGAUUGCCCUGUGAACAUCGAAGACAACAGGUCGGAAGAAGGAUGGAUUUUGGUCGACUUGGCUUCUGUUGAAAAGCCUAAAGACCAAGUCCAGCGUGAAAAAGAUGCUGUGGCGGUUCCAGAAAGCGUCGAAGAAAGCUGGUAUGUUACCCCGCCAUCUUGCUUCGAUGCAGGAGACAUUUCUGGGGCGAACCUCGAAACUAAUCCCUUGGAAAACCUCCUUAUUGAACACCCUAGCAUGUCUGUUUACGGCCCUCGCUCAACGAUAUCUUCUACCACUCAAGCCUCUAGCUCCUCAUCAAGAGAGGCUAGCCAGCAAGCUGACCACGAACAAGCUGUAGAACGCAGGUCUGCUCGUCGCUCUGUGCGCUUUCAGGAACAGCUGGAGCUCAUCUCCAAACGUAAGCUUGUAGAACAGCCGAAAAAGGGGUCAACUAGGCCUAACGCAAAGAAUAUGAAAAGACAAAACAARGUUGAACACCACACUUCGCGUUCUAGGAGGACGAAAAAGAGGGACAGAAUGGUUGGUAAACAUAUAGGAAUGCAUGGAAAAAGAGGAGGCUAAGAUGUGAUUAUGAGGAUGAAGUGAAUGUGUGGGAGCAAAGUCCAAACUUUGAAUAUGCAACAAAAACUAUUUAUAUUUUCUUUAGCAAAUCAAUCCUGAACUUAGGUAGCUUUUUUCUAAAAUUAAUACUGUACAUAAAUUAGUGCACUACUUGAAAUUUUCUGAGCUGUUUUUUCGGUGUCAGAAUUUCUUGAUUAGAAGUUGAUACAGUUAGAUAGGUGUUUCUAGUAAUAAAUGCGAGAUGAAUACCUUGCGGUUUUAAAAUUUCAAAAAGAAAAAAAAAAUUACAAAGACGUUUGAUCAUACGGUAUUUCUGAAUUUUACUUGUAUGAAUUCACUUUCCUUGGAAGAGUGUUCAAGAAUGUUCUAAUUUAACGAACUGUGAUGUAACUUGUGUUGGACCGGCAAUGACGACCUUAACAGAAAGACCAAAAAAAAAGGAAAAAAAUCAGCUAUAAUUUAUUAUUCACAAAAAACUAAAAAAAGUAUUAUGAAUACUGUCAAUAUAAUUACCAUCGAACUAUAUAAGUGCAUUCUUAAUUAUGUGCACGGUAAGAUAUGAUAUUGAAUACAGUCUGAAAUUGACAGCAAUAAAAAUAUGUUUCUA